CGGGCCGCGAGGGGCGGGGCCUCGGGACUCCGCCCACGCCUCCGUCUCCUCCGCGCUCCGCCGCAGUCGGCCGACACCACACGAGUCGGGAAGCCGCCGCAGCCACCUCUAAGGAGCCGGCUAGGAGCAAGAGCCGACAGCGAGCCUGCGAGCCACCGCCGCCGCCAUGGGGAGCCGCGUGUCGCGGGAAGACUUCGAGUGGGUCUACACCGACCAGCCCCACGCCGACCGGCGCCGGGAGAUCCUGGCAAAGUAUCCAGAGAUAAAGUCCUUGAUGAAACCUGAUCCCAAUUUGAUAUGGAUUAUAAUUAUGAUGUUUCUCACCCAGUUGGCUGCAUUUUACAUAGUAAAAGACUUGGACUGGAAAUGGGUCAUAUUUGGGGCCUAUGUGUUUGGCAGUUGCAUUAACCACUCAAUGACUCUGGCUAUUCAUGAGAUUUCCCACAAUGCUGCCUUUGGCAACUGCAAAGCAAUGUGGAAUCGCUGGUUUGGAAUGUUUGCUAAUCUUCCUAUUGGGAUUCCAUAUUCAAUUUCCUUUAAGAGAUAUCACAUGGAUCAUCAUCGGUACCUUGGAGCUGAUGGCGUCGAUGUAGAUAUUCCUACCGAUUUUGAGGGCUGGUUCUUCUGUACCACUUUCAGAAAGUUUAUAUGGGUUAUUCUUCAGCCUCUCUUCUAUGCCUUUCGACCUCUGUUCAUCAACCCCAAACCAAUUACUUAUUUGGAAGUUAUCAAUAUCGGGGCCCAGGUCACAUUUGACAUUUUAAUUUAUUACUUUUUGGGAGUUAAAUCUUUAGUCUACAUGUUGGCAGCAUCUUUACUUGGCCUGGGUUUGCACCCGAUUUCUGGACAUUUUAUAGCUGAGCAUUACAUGUUCUUAAAGGGUCACGAAACUUACUCAUAUUAUGGGCCUCUGAAUUUAUUUACCUUCAAUGUAGGUUAUCAUAAUGAACAUCAUGACUUCCCCAACAUUCCUGGAAAAAGCCUUCCACUGGUGAGGAAAAUAGCAGCUGAAUACUAUGACAACCUCCCCCACUACAAUUCCUGGAUAAAAGUACUGUAUGAUUUUGUGAUGGAUGAUACAAUAAGUCCCUACUCAAGAAUGAAGAGGCACCAAAAAGGAGAGAUGGUGCUGGAGUAGAUAUCAUUAGUGCCAAAGGGAUUCCUUUCCGAAACUUUAGAUGAUAAAGUGGAAGUUUUGCAUUAUUAAACUUGAGACCAGGGAUGCUUAGAAGCUCCCCUGGCACAAUUUCAGAGUAAGAGUUCAGUGAUAUCAAGAAAUGAAUCUGGCUUUUAAACAGUCAGCCUGACUCUAUACCGCUGGGCUUCACUCACAGGAAACUUGUGACUUGUGUAUUAUCGUCAUUGAGGAUGUUUCACUCAUGUCUGUCAUUUUAUAAGCAUAUCAUUUUAAAAGCUUUUAAAAAGCUAUUUCGCUGGGCACGGUGGCUCAUGCCUGUAAUCCCAGCACUUUGGGAGGCCAAGGUGGGUGGAUCACCUGAGGUCAGGAGUUUGAGACCAGCCUGGCCAACAUGGUGAAACCCCGUCUCUACUAAAAAUGCAAAAAUUAGCUGGGCAUGGCAGCGCAUGCCUGUAAUCCCAGCUACAUGGGAGGCUGAGGUGGGAGAAUUGCUUGAACCCAGGAGGCGAAGGCAGAGGCUGCCGUGAGCCAAGAUUGUGCCACUGUACUCCAGCCUGGGCAACACAGCAAGACCCCAUCUCAAAAAUAAAUAUAUAUAAAAAAUAAAAAGCUAUUUCUAGUUUAUUUCACUAUAAAGUUCUGCUUUAUUAAAAAGCUAAUAAACAGCUAUUAAUCACA